AUGGCAUCACCGCCCGAGCGACAUACAGGCAGUAGUGGCAACGUCGCAUCCCCCGAUGCCAUCGCGGGGGAGGGGAUCACGCCGAACAGCGAGGAAAGCGACCUCAUGUCCUGCACACAUGUGCGCGUAGCUAGGGAGGAGAACGAGGGAGACGGAAUGGCAGGAAAAGAAGAAAGGGACGGAGUGGAGUCUGAGUCGGUUAAUACUAGAAAUGAAUGGGCAUCAUUGUGUGAACAGUUUCACCUGCCCGGCGGUUGCAUCAAUAGCGGAGUCGGCCUUAAACAAAUUUAUCUUCGAUAUCUCGAUAGAUACGAGAAAGUCCACUUCCUAGGUGAAGAUGGUCAACAAGCUGAUGACGAUGAUGAGGAUUCCAGGCAUCGGAAAUGGUCGGCAAGAGCACUGCACUCCGUUCCUCUUACUUAUAAUCAUCAUCAGCACAACAUCGCAGAAUCACUGCGUGAUUAUAAUGGACUCUCGUCGGACCUUUACAAAUCCUCGAAUUAUGACAAGCUGGCGUUGUCGCUCCUGUCGCCGCUGCCGAACGAGCAGGACUUCGCCAUCAACGUUUGCACCCUUCUGUCGAAUGAGGGUAAACACAACUUGCGGCUCGACAAGUAUCCCCGUCUGGUGAACAUCCUCCUGGCGCACGCCGGUGUCUUUGACUCGCCUGGCACACGGCAACUCUUUAUCGAGGUGUACUCACGUAUUCGUAACUAUUCCAUUAAUUCCUUCUGGUCGGAUGUGCUCGAUUCCCAGGAUGUGAUAGAUCUCACGGACGAGAGGACCUUCAUGAAAAAGCCACUCACCAGUCUGUCGACGUUUUCUAAACGGAAGACUGUUGAGAAGGAGAAUCAGAGCAAACAAGACGUUAUUGCAUUGACAACAGAGAACGAGGAACCGACGGUGCCGAAUGAUGUCGAAGUGAUACUUACAGAUUGCCCACGGCUAGAUUUACUUGUCUUGCACUCGGACGAGAAUCUGAAAGAUCAAAACCAGAAUUCUAUAAAGUUUGAGGAGGAAGACAAGGAUCUGUUUUGCGUCGGUCGGACGUUAGGUACACAGGAUCCGUACGGGCAACGCGUGCUGCAAAUCGCCGCAAUCCUACGGAAUCUUAGCUUCACGCCAGAGAACGCGACAAUAUUAGGCAGGAACCGUUGUUUCCUGCGAUUCGUGCUGCUGUGCGUGAGAGCGAGGUGGAGCAAUCUGCAUCAGCUUGGCUUUGACAUACUAGGCAACAUAGCGAACGAAGUUAUUUUAAAGGAAGCCGGCGAGAGGAUAACGAACGUUGUCCUAACGUGUGUGGCCAAGGGAAUUGAGUCCCAGGACAGAUUUAUCGUUAUAUCUUGUCUGGAGGUACUCAACAAGAUCAGUCAGCAAGACUGUAACGAAGAAAUUGUCACGUUUGGUCUGGCAGACAAUGUAUAUGAACUUAUAUGCAGAUUUCUAGCUCUAAGUGACAUAGCCCUCUUAGUGUAUACUUUGGAAUGUCUGUACGCUUUAACGUCGUUGGGUGAGAGACCAUGCACGAGCGUCGCGCGGGUCCGCGGUGCCAUCGAUACGUUGGUCGCCCUCGUCACUGUGGAGGCGCAGAGCUACGGCCCGAAGGCUUGUAUUCUCAUGCGAGUUGUUGAGACGGUGUCGACAGCAGCAACACAGCAGAACACCACAAGUCAAAGUUCUGUCCCCGCCUCUCCUGCCACACCAGUCACAACGACUGCAUCCGCGUCCACUCCGUCUACGCCGGCAACGAUUACCACGACACCAGCACCUGCCAGUCCAGCGUCUUCUCGACCUACGACUCCCGCCGCGACCUCGACCAAGUCGACAACGCAGAAAGCGGUGGAGACAGCAAAUGCGAUUCAACAACAAAAUGCGCAUCAGCAGAUUAUUCAAGAGAACGAACAGUUCGCUCUAGGCUGGGUAAAAGCGACCUUUGAACUCACACCCGGUGCACGCAUUGAACAGGAGGAAUUAUAUAAAAAGUACCUAGGUUGCUGUACGAAGAUCGGUAGACGAGGCGUGAUAGCACCAUUGCAUUUUCCCAGAUGCGUCAGAUCCGUUUUCGGCAAUAUCGUGGGGCCGAAUCCGUUGAAGGGCGAAAAUACCGGUACCCAGUAUUACGAAGGCAUCCGAGUACGGGCUACACCCGCGCCGAUAACUUAUCCGAGCCAAACCACUGCUGUCGCGACUAAUACACUCCCGAUUCCAGCGAUCAACACUACUCCAGUAAAGGUGCUUCCCGUUCAACAGCGUACAGUCAAGAAUAUAAGUUCCGCACCCGAUAGCACGGCCGCUCCCCAGGUCGAUAGUCCCGCCGCGUCGUCCGGGACGCAAAUGACCUCUACCCCCGCGUCUCCCAUCCUCAAGGCCCAAUUGUCCGCACCGCCGAAACCCCCGUCCAACAACACCUCGAGCCAGUCCCAAAAUCCAGUGACCAAGGUUGAUUCUAAAAGUCAGGUAUCAGUAUCGCAUCCGCAUCUGAGUCAAGCGUUGCUAGCAAGCGGCUCCCAAACGCAACAGCAGCCGCAGCCACAGUCCCAGCCGUUACAGUGUGUCCAGGUAGUUGCUAAGGAAGAUAAUCGAAGUGGUACUACGUCGAGUUCCAUAAUAAAAAGCCUAUUGGCUACUAAGGUAACAGUCAGCAGCGACUGCAUGCCCAGUGCUGCUGCGACUUGUGUGUCUACCCCUACUGCCUGCGUAACAAACACUACUGCUAGCAUCGCAUCCAGCAUCAGUGCCAACCAGCUAAUAACCAGCAACCAGGUUGCCCAACGUCAGCAACAACAGAGAUUACUGCAGCAACAAAUGUCGAGUAUAAUACAGCCUGCUGCACCCGCGGCCACCCCGGCCACAAUACUCCCAAAGACUCUCAUCAACACUAAACAAAAAUCGGCAAUCGCACCCAUUUCUGCCAAAAAGAUACAAAGGCUCAAUGGGGCCAAAUUUGUUGUGACUAAUAACUGCGAGAAGACUGAGAUGAACGAUAACGAUAAUACCAAUCAAAUUAUCACAUCCACGACCACGGUGGUGAAUCCGACUGAAAACCACAUAUCCUCCUCACCGGCGAAGAUCUGUCGUCCGCCCUUAACGAUAGUCAAUGUCGCCACUGCUACACCAAACAAAACGAAUCAACGCAUGACAUGCACUUCCAUUGCCGAGGAUUCAGAUUCUACCAACAACUCUUUGGCGUCGAGCAGCGGUAUCGGUGGUAGUAGAGACUGUUCCUUCAAGGUCGAAGAGGAGAACAUGCCAACGAGCUUCGAAGGUAUCCUACUUAACGGUGCGCCGGCGAGCAAUAUGGACAUCGACGCGCAAGACGACGGUUCAUCCAAAGAUUCAUCGAGCGUGGGCUCGAAGGACAAGCCGUUACAGAGUAUGAUGUUGGUGGACUUGCUCGAGAGGAAGGUUGAUAAAGAACCGAUCCUGAACGGCGUACUCAGCAAGAAUUCAAUUAACGAGAAAGAGUUGGAUUUAGUGGAGAAUCACAUCAAGAAGGUAUUAAAAGAAUCUCCCGCUGAACUAAAAAUUAAGUCUGAGAUAGAAAGUAGCAAUGUUAUGCAAAACGAAGUGUCCGAGGAUACUCUAAUUGAGGCACCACGAGGAAUCAAGAGAUCAGCUAGUGAGUCAGAUGAGCUGGAUAUCAAGAAGCCAAAGUAUUCCAAUGGCACAAUGUCUCCUGAUCCAGCAGUUGAUUCGACCACAGCUGAAUCUACGGUAUCAAGCAUAAAAUCUGAAGAGCAGGAUGACGAUAAGGACAGCGAAAAAGCAACUGUUUCUUCCACUGCGGCGAAUCUGUAUGCUGCUCUGGCAGCAGACUGCAUAGAAGACGAGAUGGAUUUGGAAGAACAAGUGAACGUUAACAAGGUUAUAAUAAAGGAAGAACCAGUGACGGAGACAGCAACGGCGAUAACGACAGCAACGGCAACAGUACCGAUGGUAGCGACAGCGACGGUACCAAUGGCAGCAACAGCAACAGUGGCGGUAGCAACGACAUCUUCAACUUCUCUUCCUCCUCCUCUUCAUGUAAAGACGGAAGCGACGCCAGUUCUUUUGAAAGAAGAACCACCGACUUUACACAUCAAGGAAGAAUCUCAUAUAUUCAUCAAUCAAAUUGCAAGUAUGAAUCAAGUGUCGCAACCGCAACCACCGUCGCUUCAACAACAGCAACAACUUAUAGUUACAACGCCUAGGCAGAUAGUCGUGCAACAAACAAUCCCGUCGAGCAAUCAAAUGAUUAUUCCUACCACAUCAGUGAAGGGCAGACCGCCUCCACAACAACCGCAAGUACUCCUACAGCAGAGUGCAGGUGGACAGCUGCAAUACGUAGUGUCGGGCGGUGUGCCUGGUCAAAACUACGUACUCGCACAACCACAGACGGCCUUAGUGCAGGGUCAAGCGCAAACCGUUCUCGUGGCACAGACAACACAGCAGCAGGGGACUGGUACUAAGACUAUUAUCAUAUUGCAACCGCAGGCUGCUGCGCAACCGACUCCUCAAAAAAUGGUGGCAGUGACGCCGCAAGGACAGCAAGUGGUCGUGACACAAGUUCCUCGUCCGAUUCUCCAAAGCCCAGCCCUUGGCAACAUCCCGCCACCUCUUGUACCCACAUCAGCUACUAUCCCGCAGGCCUCCAUUAUAGUCAACAGUUCGGUAGCGCAGACCAACCCGAACACGGUAACCGUCACGAUCCCAGCGAUGACCCAGCAAACUCCAGUAUCCACCAGCGUGCCGUCCAGAGUGGUGACGCCUACCCCGGCAUCUACGCCGCCGCCCACUAGGCCCACAACUCCGCAUCAAGCAGCGGCUACUCAUGGUGUGUCUACUGUCAAGCCGUCAUCCGCUAUCAAGGUUGUGAAGACGGUAAGUUCAUCAACCUCUACCGAGCCUGAGUCGAAACCCUCCACAAGCCAACAGCAGCAUCAGCAACAGCAGCAGCAACAGCAAACGCCACAGCCAAUGCAAGAGAAUAAAACUAUGAUUAAAAUCGAUCCUAACGCUUACCUGUGCGAGUGGCGGGGCUGUCUUAGACAAUUUAAAACACCGCAUGAAGUUUAUCUUCACGUUUGCGAAGCCCACUGUCCGAGUGGUGGUGAGGAAAUACUAUGUCUGUGGGCGAGCUGUGACGCUCUUAAGAGACGAAAGUUCUCGUUAAUGACGCAUCUUUAUGACAGGCACUGUAACGCGGACACAAUGUCGAUGAGGAGGAAACAGUUGACAGUGACGGGUAAAACCGAAGUCUCUACAUCUACGCCUCCGACUCCGCAUCAUCCCGGAUACGCACCCAACGCGGCAUUCCAUGCUAUUAAACGGCAUGCUCUGGAAUUCGUUAAUCCUAAAGAGCUAAUGCAAAGGCCGACCAAGCCCGCUGCAGCCACCUCAAGCUCUUCUUCCCCCAGACCUGGGCAAAAUUCUCCACCAGAACAGGAUGACAACGAAGGUCCAGUGACCAAAAGUAUUCGCCUAACGGCAGCUCUCAUUCUUAGAAACCUAGUCAUAUACUCAACACAUGGUAGAAGGCAUCUUAGAGCGUACGAGCCCCACUUGGCAGGCGUGGCGUUAAGUAAUGUCGAAUCAUCGAGAACAAUCGCACAAGUCCUUUACGAUAUGAACGACCAGAGUAGCAGUAGCCAUCAUAGGUGACCUCUUGAACUAGGCCUCUAAAAGCUCUUUUAAUCUUGUGAGCAGCGAUCAACUUACAUUAUUUCGAAUUAUACGGAAAAGAAGCGUAUAAAAGGGAGUGUAUAAGUUUAUAGUCACUUGCCGUGCUAAUACAUGCACAUGGAUGUAUGUACAUGCAUGCAUGUAUGCGUGUGUGCGUGCCUAUGAUGUGCGUGCGUGAGUAAGUGACAAGAGUUGGCUAAAAGAGUAAACAAUGAAAGAGUACAGUGAGUGAUGUGUGCCCGUGCAGUUUGAUGGAUUGAAAUUAGAGAAGAAUGAUACGGAGGAUAAAUGUUCCAUAUAUAGAAAAAAGAGGCCUAUAAACUUACUAGGCAAAUCAUUUUGCCAAUUUAGAUUAUGAUAUAAACUGUAACUAUAGUGAAAUACAAAACAAAGACAGUUAAGUCAAAUAUGUAAAAGUGAUAAUGAGUUUGUAUGCGCGCGCGCGUUGUGUGUGUGUGUGUGUGUGUGUGUGUGUGUGUGUG